GGCCCCCGGCUCCCUGUUGGGAGGCCGGGAAUGUGUCCCGGCCCCGUGGAAAGGUGUGGGCAGGAGCUGGCGGGGCGGUGGGGCCGGAACGCGCCGAGCUUUCCCUGCCCUCCCGCGGCUCCAGCGGCUCCAGCGGAAUUCAGGGAAGUUUCGCUCGGCAGCGCUUUAGGAGCGGGAUGGGGUGCUGGGACACGUCCAUCCCCCUCCCUCCCCAGGAGGACGGGGGGAAUUUUUGCCCUGGCAAAGUGCGGGAGCGUGCGAGGGCUUUGGAAAGGCUGGAGCGCGUGCGGGCUUUGGAAAGGCUGGAGCUGCGGCUCGUCCCGGCGGAUCCCGGCGAAAACAACCUCCUACAAAGCCUCUGUUGUGCUGCUGGGAAAGGUCUUGGCAUGUCCCGCGUUGCUGACGCCGGGGCCGGGAGCGCGGCCGGGCGGUUCCAGUUCAGCUCCUCUCGCCCUCCUUCGGGGCCGGCGGAAAGUGGGAGCUGCUAAUUAUUAACUGCUCAAAUAUUCCCUCCGUCCGCAGGCACCGGCCGGGGCCGGCGGGCAGGGAUGUGCCGUGGGCAGGGAUGUGCCGUGGGCAGGGAUUUGCCAGGAGAAUUGUGCCGUCGGGGAUGUGCCAGGGAGAGCUGUGCCAUGGGAUGGGAUGUGCCAUGGGGAGAGCUGUGCCAGAGGGAGGGAUGUGCCAUGGAAAGCUGUGCCAUGGGAAGCUGUGCCAUGGGAAGCAGAGCUGCCCCACCCACGCUCCAGGCUCUGGGACGGUGACAGGGACACAGGGACGUGCCAGGGCUCCUCAGCGGAGAGGGUGGAAGCGGUGCCAGGUGGGAACAUUCCCCAGGUGAACCUGGAACAACCAAAGGCUCCUGGGCUGGACCUGCAGCUGCAGCGCCGGGACAUCCCCGCGGGGCUUCGUGUGGGGCUGUGGGGGAACAACAGGGAAGAGGAGGAAGAGGAGAAGGAGGAAGAAGAGGUGUGUGGCACCAGCUGGGCGAGCCCGCAGCGUUUGUCCCCCGCCCUUGGCAAGGAGGUGACUCGCGGAGGGCCCGGCCCCGCCGUGUCCCCGUCCCUCAUCCCAGUCCCGGCUCCCGGUGGGAACAGGGAGUCAGAGGAGGAGGAGGAAAAACGAGCCGAAGGAGGAGGGAAAGGCGGCCCUGCAGGGUGUGCCCGGUGCUGCUGCGCCCGCGGCUCCGGUGACUCAUUUUGCUUUAAAAACACGAAUUCUUCGGCCGCCCAUCCUGACGCCGGGAGCAUCCCUUUGGCCAACCCCGGUGUCCGCGGGCCGGGAGCUGUGCCCAGGAGGGAUGUGAGGGCUCAUCCCCGGGGAGGCGGAUCCGGGAGGUCCCCCUGGAGCCGGAGCGAGCCGAGCCGAGCCAUGCUGAGCCUCAAACUGCCGCGGCUGCUCAGCAUCCACCAGGUGCCAAAGGGAUACCGGGAGCAGGGAAUCCUGUUCGGGUACCGCCCCCCCCGCAGCUCGGCCACCGACUGCCUGCUCAGCGUCUUCCAGAUGACCAACGAGACCCUCAACAUCUGGACACACUUCCUGCCCGCCUGGUACUUCGUGUGGACGCUGCUGGGGCGGCUGCAGGGGGGCUGGGAGGACCCCCAGGCCUGGCCCCUCCUGGCCUACCUGGUGACCUGCUGCAUCUACCCACUGGCCUCCAGCUGUGCCCACACCUUCAGCACCAUGUCCUGCCGUGCCCGCCACCUCUGCUACUUCUGCGACUACGCUGCCCUCAGCACCUACAGCCUGGGGUCUGCUCUGGCCUACUCAGCCUACGUGUUCCCCCUGGAAUGGGUGGGCUCCACCUUCCACCACUGCUACGUGCCCGUGGCCGUGUUCAACACCGUGGUCAGCACCAGCCUCUCCUGCUACUCCAGGUUCCUGGAGGCGGAAAGUCCCCGGCUCAGCAAGGCCUGGCGCACCCUGGCCUUCGUGUACCCCUACCUGUUUGACAGCAUCCCCCUCUUCUACAGGCUGUACCUGUGUGCCCUGGAGGGCUGCCACGAGGGCUCCAUCCUGCUGCACUACAAACACACGGGCUGUGCCCUCCUCACCUGCUUCAUCUUCGCCACCCACCUGCCUGAGCGCCUGGCACCGGGCACCUUCGACUACAUCGGGCACAGCCACCAAGUGUUCCACGUGUGUGGGAUCCUCGGGACGCACUUCCAGAUGGAGGCCAUCCUGAGGGACAUGGCUGAGAGGCACAGCCAGGUCCUGCUGCCCUCCUCCCUGCAGACCCUGUGCUCCAUGGGGGUCUGUGUCACCGGGAGCCUGCUCAUCAUCGGGAUCAGCUCCGUGGCCCUGCCCCUCAUCCCGGAGCCUCCGCACAGGGACAAAUCCCACUAGGACUGGGGACUGGUGGCAUUCCUGCUGCUCCACCAGCACCCAGCAGAGUGUUGGUGUGGAUGAGGAGUUUGUUUGCUCCCAGUAUUUAUUGAUGAUCUUCUCAAGGGCUCGAGGAGCUGCACUGGUUUAUCCACUGAGCUUUAACGCUGCAAACGGGUUCGGAGACGCUUUAAAUCCAAGUUGUUAUCCCAGGAAAGAUGUAAAAUAUCCUGAAUUUUAUCCAGAAAAAGGGACAGAGGUGCUGCCACUUCCCGAAGCAAUGGGGAUUCACCAGGUGUGCCUUAGGGAGGGGUCACAGGGAACGUUGUGACACCGAGGGCACCGGUUUGGAGCCAUGGCCACGACCCCUGGGGAGGCACGAGGGCUCCCUGACCCCUCUUCUCACCUUCCAAGGGGCAUCAUUUUGGAAUCUGAAGCCUUAAAUGUCCACCUUUCACAGCCUUAAACCCAACCCCAGUGCCUGACAGAUGUGGGAUUGAGGGACUGGUUUAAAAUCAGCUGGUUUUGAUCAACACCUGGAAAAAGUGAUCCUGGAAGAGCUUCCAUGGGGUGUUCCUCCAGAAUAGCUGGUUUUGGGUCUAAUUCUGGCACAAAGGGAAGUAAUUCCUUUGGGAAAGCUGAGCUCUCGUGUUGGCAAAGCAGUCUAUAGUUUCCUGAGUGUUUCUGGAGGCUGGAUGGGCCCUUGGAUGGAGGGGCUGACACGGGAGAGCCAAACCCCCGAACCCCUCUGGGUUUUGGGGUCACUCACGGGGGAUAAUGCUUGGAAUGUUCUGUUGGAUGAGGGGUUGGGAUGGGGGUGUCCAGGAGGAUGAACCAGCAGCAGAGCAGGGAGUGGGAUCUGGGCAGUGUGGAGUUGGGAGAAAGGCAGGAUUUGGGAUUAGAUACCCGAGGGAUCAAACCCUGGGAUUUUAAAGCAUUCCCAGAGUUAUCCCUCUGCUCCUGCUGUUGCUCCUUGCUUCCCUUUCCUGCUGCUCCUGGAUUUUCCAGGCUCAGAGCCUGGAGGUCUCAGCCUGAUCCAGGAGAGGGAGAGCUCAGCUGGUGGCUCCAGGAAUCCAGGGAAAAUCCCCUUGGAUUUUCCUACAGGAACAAGUGACACUUCUAGGGAAUAUUAUCAAUCAUACGGGUGUUUAAUUAAUGUUUUAAUUGCCUCUGCCAAGGUAGAACUGAUGCACUUUGGAGUGACAACCCAACAGCUCAUUAAAUAUGGGAUCAUGUGGUUAAACAUGGAAUAACUAAAUCCUUUGUUUUGAAAGCUGACCAAGAUUUGUGGGAAUAUUUAUAAGCACUGGAAUGUAAUUGUUUAUUCAGAAGUUUUAUUGCUUUAAAAGAGAAAACUAAUAUAAAUCACUGUUCAUAAUCUGGUUUUUACCUUUUGAUAAGAAUAUGGCUGGGGGAAUUAAUCACUUUGGAGAUAAUGGCUGAUAAUUGAAGAGUUUAUUUACCGUGGUGGGAGUGGGGAGGAAUCCAGCUCUGCCUGCAGGACACGACUGAAGAGCCUGGAAAACCCACGGGAAUCAUUGCCCGGCUUUUUUGGGUCAUUUAACUUUUGAACUGAGGGGUUCUGCUCCUCUUUAAUUGAAAGGAAAAUUGUAGGAAAACUGCACUAAAAAUCUAACCCUGGGUUAUGGAAUGCCAUGAUCCCGCUGGAUCCUGUGUCUGUGCACAGGGAGUGGGUGAUGUUUGAUCCUGAAGCAGCACAGAGCAGCCAAAUUUCCUCCUCAGCUGGACAGAGGCCUCGGAAAAUCGAUUUAAUGUGUGAAAUUCUCCUCACAGAAGAAUUAAAAACUCUGUAGCAAAUUGUUAUGAGUCAAUAAAUGAGGAUAUUUAUUUGUUGGA